CGAACGCGACCGGAAGUGGCUCCGGGGGCGGCGGCGGCGCCCGGUGCGACCAUGGACGCCCCUUCCCCCUUUGCCCAGGUGAUCCCUCACCUGUGUGAGGAGGAGGAGGAGGAGGAACCAGGUGAGGAGGAGGAGGAGGAGGAGGAGGAGCAGCCAGGUGAGGAGGAAGAAGAAGGACCAGGUGAGGAAGAAGAAGCAGGACGAGAUGAGGAGGAAGAAGGAACAGGUGAGGAAGGAGCAGGUGAAGAACCAGGUGAGGAAGAACCAGGUGAGGAAGAUCCAGGUGAUGAUGAAGAACCAGGUGAGGGAGAUCCAGGUGAUGAUGAAGAACCAGGUGAGGAAGAUCCAGGUGAUGAUGAACCAGGUGAUGAUGAAGAUCCAGGUGAUGAUGAAGAUCCAGGUGAAGAGGAUCCAGGUGACGAUGACGACGAAGAUCCAGGUGACGAUGACGAUGACGAUGAAGGCCACCACCACCACCCAGGUGCCUCCCUCCAGACACGCCCCUCCUCCCGCCGGCCCCGCCUUUACCUGCGGCCACGCCCACCCCUGGCCGAGCCCGGCCCCUCCCACCUGCAGCUCCCCUGGCCCCGCCCACCCGGAGCCCCGCCCUCCCCUGAGCCAGGUGAGGCCGCCACGCCCGCCUUCGUGCAGCUCAUCGACGAGCGCGGCGUCUACUCCACGGCCAAGCUGGUGCUGGGCGGGCGCUCAGGUGCGCCCCAAAACGGGGAUGAUGAUGAUGAUGAGGAUGAGGAAGGCGCCGCAGGUAAGGAGGAAGACGAGGACCAGCAGGACCUCGCCGCCCACCUGGAGAUCCGCCAGGUGAUCGUGGCCGACAAACCCUUCCAGUGCCCCGCCUGCCACAAGAGCUUCAAGCGCACCUGGGAGCUGCUGAGCCACCAGGUGGUGCACACCGAGGCGCGCCCCUUCACCUGCCACCUGUGCCGCGCCACCUUCAAGCGCCACUCGGACUUCAAGAGCCACGCCCUGGUGCACACCGAGGAGCGGCCGCACCGCUGCGACCUCUGCGGGAAGCGCUUCAAGCGCUCCUCCAACCUGCAGGAGCACCGCCGCACCCACAGCGGCCACCGCCCCUUCACCUGCGCCAGGUGCGCCAAGGCCUUCAAGACGCCCUACGAGCGCCAGCGCCACGCCCUCACCCACCUGGCCGCCUCCGAGGGGGCGCCGCUGCGCUGCUCCGAGUGCGGCAAAGCCUUCCCGGCCGCCAACGCGCUGCUGCUGCACCGGCGCCGCGGCUGCCGCGACAAACCGCACGCCUGCGGCGUCUGCGGCAAGCGCUUCGCCUACGGCCACUCGCUCAAGGUGCACGAGCGCGUGCACACCGGCGACCGCCCCUUCCGCUGCGCGCUCUGCGGCAAGGCCUUCAAGCAGAGCAACGCGCUGGCCUCGCACGCGCGCGUGCACACGGGCGAGCGCCCCUUCGCCUGCCGCACCUGCGGCAAGGCCUUCAAGCAGAGCUCCUACCUGGCCGUGCACCAGCGCGCGCACACGGGCGAGCGGCCCUACGCGUGCGAGGCGUGCGGCAAGGCCUUCGCGCGGCCCUCGCUGCUGCUGCAGCACCGCCGCGUGCACAGCGCCGCGCGGCCGCACCAGUGCCGCCACUGCCACAAGUUCUUCAAGGACCUGGCCUACCUGGCCGUGCACGAGAAGGUGCACACGGGCGAGACGCCCUACAAGUGCGGCGUGUGCGCCAAGGGCUUCGCGCACCCCUCCAACCUGCUGCAGCACCAGCGCGUGCACCGCGACACCUGAGAGGGGUCACCUGGGCAGGUGAGGGGCACGGAAAGGCGUGGCGGUGUCACCUGAGCCCCGUGGACGAAGCCCCAGGUGAGAGGACUCGGUACCUGUGAGCCCGGACAGGUGUGGACCCCAAAAAUUGCGUUUGGACCCCAAAAAGGUGUGGUGGUAACACCUGGACAGCGACACCUGAGCCCCAGGUGUGGGAACCCCAGAACUCCAUCCCAGCACAGGUGUGGACCCCAAAAAGCUUCACCUGCAACACCUGGACAGUGACACCUGAGCUCCAUGUUUAGGAGCCACAGAUCUGCACACCUGGACAGGUGUGGACCCAAAAAAUUGCGUUUGGACCCCAAAAAGGUGUGGCAGGAACACCUGGACAGCGACACCUGAGCCCCAGGUAUGGGAACCCCAGAUCUAUGACCCAGGACAGGUGUGGACCCCAAAAAUCUCCUGUGGAUCCCAAAAAGGUGUUGCAGGAACACCUGUAUAGGUGUGGACCCCAGACAUUGAGUUUGGACCCCAGAAAGGUGUGGUGGUAACACCUGGACAGUGACACCUGAGCCCCAGGUGUGUAAACCCCAGAACUGCGCACCUGGACAGGUGUGGUGUCUUCACCUGGAGCACCUGAGCCCCAUGGAUGAAGCCCCAGGUGAAAGGAGUCGGUACCUGUGAGCCCGGACAGGUGUGGACCCAAAAAUUGCGUUUGGACCUCAGAAAGGUGUGGCAGGAACACUUGGACUGCAACACCUGAGCUCCAUGUUUAGGAGCCACAAAUCUGCACACCUGGACAGGUGUGGACCCCAAACAUUGAGUUUGGACCCCAGAAAGGUGUGGUGGUAACACCUGGACAGUGACACCUAAGCCCCAGGUGUGGAAACCCCAGAACUGCACACCUGGACAGGUGUGGUGUCUUCACCUGGAGCACCUGAGCCCCGUGGAUGAAGCCCCAGGUGGAAGGACUCGGUACCUGUGAGCCCGGACAGGUGUGGACCCCAAAAAUUGCGUUUGGACCUCAAAAAGGUGUGGCAGGAACACCUGGACAGGUGUGGACCCCAAACAUUGAGUUUGGACCCCAGAAAGGUGUGGUGGUAACACCUGGACAGUGACACCUGAGCCCCAGGUGUGGAAACCCUGAAUCUCCAUCCCAGCACAGGUGUGGAACCUGAAACCUCACACCUGGACAGGUGAGGGGCACGGAAAGGUGUGGCGGUGUCACCUGAGCCCCGUGGAUGAAGCCCCAGGUGGAAGGACUCGGUACCUGUGAGCCCGGACAGGUGUGGACCCCAAAAAUUGCGUUUGGACCCCAAAAAGGUGUGGCAGGAAUACCUGUACAGGUGUGGACCCCAAACAUUGAGUUUGGACCCCAAAAAGGUGUGGUGGUAACACCUGGACUGCAACACCUGAGCCCCAGGUAUGGGAACCCCAGAACUCCAUCCCCGCACAGGUGUGGACCCCAAAAAGCUUCACCUGCAACACCUGGACAGUGACACCUGAGCUCCAUGUUUAGGAGCCACAGAUCUGCACACCUGGACAGGUGUGGACCCCAAAAAUUGAGUUUGGACCCCAAAAAGGUUUGGCAGGAACAUCUGGACAGUGACGCCUGAGCCCCAGGUGUGGAAACCCCAGAAAUGCGCACCUGCACAGGUGUGGACCCCAAAAAUCUCAGAAGAACCCAAAAGCUUCACCUGCAACACCUGGACAGGUGUGGUGUCUUCACCUGGAGCACCUGAGCCCCGUGGAUGAAGUCCCAGGUGGAAGGACCCAGUACCUGUGAGCCCGGACAGGUGUGGACCCAAAAAUUGUGUUUGGACCUCAAAAAGGUGUGGUGGUAACACCUGGACUGCAACACCUGAACCCCAGGUAUGGGAACCCCAGAACUCCAUCCCCGCACAGGUGUGGACCCCAAAAAGCUUCACCUGCAAUACCUGGACAGUGACACCUGAGCUCCAUGUUUAGGAGCCACAGAACUGUACACCUGGACAGGUGUGGAUGUCAAAAAUUGAGUUUGGACCCCAAAAAGGUGUGGCAGGAACACCUGGACAGGUGUGGACCCCAAACAUUGAGUUUGGACCCCAAAAAGGUGUGAGGGUAACACCUGGACAGUGACACCUGAGCCCCAGGUAUGGGAACCCUGAAUCUCCAUCCCAGCACAGGUGUGGAACCUGAAACCUCACACCUGGACAGGUGAGGGAACCCCGGACCUGCACACCUGGACAGGUGUGGACCCCAAAAGCUGCACCUGCAACACCUGGACAGCGACACCUGAGCCACAGGUGAGGGGACCCCAGAUCUGCACACCUGGACAGGUGUGGACCCCAAAAAUCUCCUGUGGACCCCAAAAAGGUGUGGCAGGAACACCUGGACAGCAACACCUGAGCCUCAGGUGAAGGCACCUCAGCCAGGUGUGGACACCAAAUUCUGCAACACCUGGACAGUGACACCUGAGCCUCAGGAUGGGGCAGGGGCACACCUGGAUGGGCACACCUGGAUGGGGCGGGGCCUUCCCAGGACCUGGAUUUUCCCUCUUGGACAAUGGGACAGGGACAGCUCACCUGGGCACACCUGAGCUCACCUGAACACACCUGGGCACAUUUGGGACACACUUGAGCGCACCUGAAGUCACCUAAACACACCCAGGCACACCUGAGCACAUCUGGGGCUCACCUGGGCACACCUGAGCUUACCUGGGCACACCUGGGGCACACCUGAACACACCUGGAGCACACCUGAGCUUACCUGGGCACACCCGGGGCACACCUGAGCACACCUGGGGCUCACCUGGGCACACAUGAGCUCAGCGGGGGCACACCUGAGUUCACAUGAACACACCUGAGCCCACCUGGGCACACCUGGGGCACACCUGAGCUCACGUGGGACACACCUGAACUAAUCUGGGCACACCUUGGACAUACCUGGGCUCACCUGGGGGCACACCUGAGCUCACCUGAACACACCUGGGGCACACCUGAGCUUAUCUGGGGCACACCUGAGCUCAUUUGAGCAUACCUGGGACACCCUUGACCACACCUGAACACACCUGGGACACACCUGAGCUCAACUGGGGCACACCUGAGCUCACCUGGGCACACCUGAGCCCACCUAUGGCACACCUGAACACACCUGGGACACACCUGAGCUCAACUGGGGCACACCUGUGCUCACCUGUGCUCACCUGUCGCCCCUUUCCGGGCGGUUCUGUAGCGCUGGGGGUGGGCGGGGCACACCUGGAUCACUCAUUAAAGGAUCAUUCAUUGAUGACGUCA